CGGGAUGUUUUAUGGCGCUAAUGAGGAAAUUAAUUUUGAGUCGAAGCGCUGAAUAGAUCUAAAAGUACAGAGGCAGACACAGAAAGUACAGUUUGACUUGUAGACACAGGAUACUAUAACCUGGAUGACGUAAUCGUGCGUUUAUUCAUAAUCAAUAAUAAAACAUAGGCCUGCGUUAAUACACCAUAACGGUACGGACGCAGGAAGAUCAGGAUCGAUGAUCUAAGAUCCAUCGUUCAGCUUGAAAUAUGACUCAUAUUAGAUAUCCUUAUUGAUGCAUGAGGUUAUGAUCUCCGUGUAAAUGCAAGUUUUAGUGAAAGUCACAAGAAGAGAAAAUUAAAUGUCCCCUGACUUCACUUCCCAUAUAAUUAAAACACACAGUUUAAUCUCGUCCAAUCAAAUAAAUGGUCACCCGGUCCCCUCGCGCUCAGCUUAAUGUCCUGCGUGAACAUCAAAGGAGAAGCUCACACAUUUUUGAUAAUAAUUCUAUAAUGACAGAAUAGACUCGACCUCAUGUGUACCAGUCUGCAGCUGCUUUGUUAUAGGGGACACUGGGUUCAGUGUAGUGAAUGUAAAACACUUUCAUUGUCAUCCAAGUGCAAUUAACUCUGAAGUGAAGAUACAAAAUGAUGAUGAUGAUGAUGACUAAAAGACAGGAAAGUGCACCCCAGCUGCACCUGGGGCCCAAAAUUCUGGUCACACUGAAAUGUGGUUUGUUUUAAUUUAAAUGUAAGUUGUUUGUGGGGGGCACAUUAUCACCUGGCAUGAUGGAGGCCUUGAGGUGCUUGUCUCAUAGGGGGGUCCCUGUUUCAAAAUCAGAUUUUAAGAUCUUCAUUACUGCAGGUGAAAAGCGGUUCUCCGCAUGUCUUCCGGCAACCUGCAGCUGAGUCAGCUGCUUCUCAGAGCAAGCAGCAAACUUCAGAGGAAAGAGGACUGAAGCGCACUGACUGAAAAUUAUUAUUUCAGUCCUGUGCGUACUUUAGCAUAUUCCUACAUAAUUUGUGUUAAAUAAAAUGACCACACAGCAAAGCUGAGGCCAGAUAGUAUUACAGCACAGAACAACUGCACACAGUGCACAGAGAGCGGCGGAGCCCAGCAGGCCACACAAAAGCAAUUAAAAAGGCAGUCUGAACACCUGAAAGAAGCUUAUAGACGUCCGACAAGUUUAUAUCACUGAGCUUCAAACCCUCGGCAUCAUCUGACACUGUGAUCUGGUUGAAAUACUCCUGAGUAAACCAAUGUAAGUGUGACGAAAAACACACAAGCCUACAGCUGUCACAACAUGUACUGUAACAUUUAACUAAAUAUGAACAGCAUUUCAUAACUGUUUGCACACAGAGAAGACAUGAAGAUCUGCUUUAAGUGUCUGCUUUCAAGUGGCUUUUUGUUCCUAAAGAUGUGUGAAAGUAAUACAGCUGACCCUGACCUCUCCUGUGUUUUGAUAUUGCAACAGGCCAUCAGACACACAGGCCAGAUAGGAACUGAAAUCAUUUCUCUGAAGUCUCUAUCAAUAGCUGGAGAAUGUUUUUAUGUUUCAGUGCUACACAUGGCUCGCUUUCAGCUAUUAUUAAAAUAGUCUGUGUGUACAGAAACAGUAAGCGGCUCAUUUUCAUCUUUCUAUUAUCCGAAGCAUUUUCUGAGCUAUCGAGAGGACCUUGUUCACCAUAAACUACAGUAGUCGGUGUGUUCUUUCUGCAGGUUUAUACACUAUACGAGCCCUAAAAUCACUAUCACUAACUACACAGGGCCAGGCUUUAUGAUAGGCAAUAAAUAAGAUUUACCCGUAAGUGAACUUUUAUUGUCCCUUUGUCAUAUUGCAGGUUUUGUUCCGCCUCUGUGUGAUUUGUUCACAUUAGUGCAUCAGUCUGAAGGCAUGUAGAAUAAAGAUGGCUCCAAAAACAACAACCUGGUUCUUCUUGGAGACGUCCUUCUCAACCCUGCAGCUCACCCAUAUGAGGCCAGGAGAGGUCUGAGUCUCCACUGACCAAUCAUCUCCACACCAGUCACCGGUGCAGAGAGGAAGCAACAUGCCUGGGGCCGGCAGAAAAGUGAGGAUAUUCUGCGUGAUGAUGAUGCUCAACAUCUUCAUCUGCGUCCUGAUGGGCGUGUCGUGGAAUUUCAGGCAUGACAAAAGUGGCAGCCAGAAGGUUGAAACCCCAACCAAGAGGUUUUGGCACCAACCGGUACUGAGCGAAUCCUUCUGGAACAAAGAGCAGCAGCGCCUGGACUUCAUUUACAACCCCAAUGUCAACGCUGUGCUCUCCAGCGACUCUCUCAUCGAGCUGCCGGAUUGGCUGAAUGACACCGGGCCUUUCAACCCCUGUGAACGUGACUUCAGAGUCCCCACACAAAUCCCGGACUACAACUCCCUGCCGCAGCGCUUCCAGGAUUUUCUUUUGUACAUGCGCUGCAGGACAUACCCCAUGCUGAUAAAUCAGCUCCAUAUUUGUGAUGAAAAACCCUUCCUGCUGCUUGUGGUCAAGUCACUCAUCCCACAUUUUGACCGGCGGCAGGCCAUUCGUGAAACAUGGGGACGGGCGGGCAUCGUAGCCAAUCGAAGUGUGGUGACGGUGUUCCUGCUAGGCAACGCCAUGUCGGUGGACCACUUCCCAGACCUGCUGGGCAUGCUUGGCCACGAGGUGGCACUUCACAAAGACCUCCUCCAAUGGGACUACAGGGACACCUUCUUCAACCUCACCCUGAAGGAGGUGCUGUUCCUGGAGUGGUUCAGCCAAAACUGUCCCCACGCCCAGUACAUCCUCAAGGGUGACGAUGAUGUCUUCGUCAACACCUUACGAGUUAUUGAACUCCUGGAAGGCCUGUCGGAGACCAAGGCCAAAGAUUUGUUCAUAGGUGACGUUAUCAGUAACGCCUCUCCGCACCGAGACCAGAAACUCAAGUACUUUAUCCCAGAGAGUGUGUUUGAGGGGCACUACCCGCCUUAUGCAGGAGGUGGAGGAUAUCUGUACUCUGGGGAGUUAGCGCUGCGCCUUUACAACGUAUCUCAGCAGGUAGUCUUGUACCCCAUUGACGAUGUUUAUACGGGGAUGUGUCUGAAAAAGCUGGGCCUGGUUCCUGAGGUGCACAGUGGCUUCAAGACUUUUGACAUUGAGGAGAAGCACAGGCACAACCCCUGCAUCCACAGGAGCUUGAUGCUGGUUCACAGCCGGACGCCGCAGGAGAUGUUGGCCAUCUGGCCGUGGAUUAUCCAUCCUGAGCUCGACUGCCAGUGAACAGCUUCAUCUUUGUUCAACGUUUGCUUGCAAUAUUGUGUUUGACCUUUUACUUAUGUUAAGUCUAAGUCUCUGUGUUAGCAUUUUAAAGUCAUCAAAAUAAUUUAAUAAGUGUUUUCAACUUGACUUUAUUUGUCUGUUGUUUUCUUUUCCACAAGCUGUAUCAUAUUCAUCAGCAAGAUAGCAUGUAUACACGAUACCUCCUAAAGUAAAGUCCAAAUUCUGGCAUGCGUGCUAACUGUACACAAACAAUUGUUAGUGUUAGCAUGCUAGUUUUUGGCAUGUUAGCAGGCUAAUGUUAGUGUGUAAGACCUUGUUCACAUCAAGCUACUUGUGGUAGCUUUUGAAAAGCUUUAAGACUUCCGAACGUCAUUGGACAACUCAAGACUCAAGACUUGUAUAAUGGCAGAGUUGGUCGUGGGUUAAAAAUACUGUGUAUUGCUAAUAUAGCUCUAUAUCCAUAAGAAUAUGGGAUUUAUUACCUAGAAGGAUGGGCUGACAUGAGGCAUCUCUUUGUUUUUUCAGGCACUUUUGUGUUUUCUAGCACCAAGUUUACCAGCCAUACUUACGACUUUGGUGCUGGUGUGAACUGUACAAGUCAGGCAACAAGGCAAUAUGAUUUUUUAUGGCAUAUUAUUCAGCCCUAAUAUAUACAGUGUUACAUACUAAUGCUAACGCCAGUGUGUUAACAUGCCAACGCUAAUGUUUGUAUGCGUACAAUUAACAUGGAUGUAGGAAUUUGUACCUCAGUCUUAGGGGUUCAGGGUCAACUUGUGAGUCAUGCCCUCUUUUCUUUUAGUUCUCUUUUGUUUUAGUCAUUACAAGUCUUAGUUUUUUCCCAUUAGUAAAAAUGAGCAAUAUCUCUUGUGUUUGGACCUGUCAUGAACUCGAGUGUUGGACAAAUGGAAAUUUUGACCUCAUGGUAUUAAACCUAAAGUCAUUAGGAUUCAUGCUCUAUGCACCAUGAAGGUCAAUUUUUAUGGCAAUCCAUGCAAUAGUACACUCAUUGCCAGAGCCACACCACUAUAUGUGGCAAAAAACAGCACUAUAUGUGCAUAUGGAUUUCACUGGUGCAUAAUUUGAACGUUUACAGGUGUAAUGUAUUUAAAGUUUGGUCAAAACAGUGCCGGGGAGAUCCUGGGGAGUCCAGCGGGAGCUGUAAUCACAUUUGGUACCCAGUGUGGGGAAGCUUCAGCAUUAUUGGUCAAGUAAAACAUUAAUAAUGAUAACAAUGAUAUUUUACUACAGUAAACUGAAGUUCCUAAAUCUGGAACAUUUCUUUCGCAUCCAUGAGCCAAAAACACACAAACCCGGGGAUAAUCUCUGAUCUUCCACGUUACAGAACUAACUGCCUCAAUGAUCGGCCCACGCACUUCGGUUUAGCCGGCACACAUUUCCACAGACUUUCUUAAUUCAAAUUUUACAUUUCUAUGGUAAUUAUGAAACGCUCUGUGUUCAUUGUUUUUAACAUCCCAACGGUGAUGUUGCUGCUCCAACUGGGCAUUCAUCCUGUGUGUCUGUAUAAUUUAUUGUAAGCAAUAAAAUGAGUUUGGCUCACAUGAAACAGGGUAGACUUGUGGGUAAGGCUGAGUCGUGUCCUCUUUUCUGUUUGUUAAUAUUGUUUUGGUCAUUACAAGUCUUCCCCAUCAGUAAAAAGAAAAAAGAUCUCUUGCGUUUGUCUUGUAUUUAUUUUUGUCUUUUGUAAAUAAAGUUUUGAUAAAGAUUAAAUA